CCGUCGACUCUGCACGCCUUAUCACCACACAACCCCAUACACACACAGUUCCUCAGAUUACGAUUACGAUCGAGGAAGAGGAAGAGCAAGAGGAAUAGCAGGAAGAAGAUUACAAUAUGGCCCUGGGAGACGACUCUCCGGCAUCCUACAUCCGCAUGGUGCACCAUCUGAUAGAGAAGUGCAUGACGUUCGGGAUGAGCAUGGAGGAGUGCAUGGAGGCGCUGUCCAAGCGCGCCGACGUUCAGCCGGUCGUCACCUCCACAGUGUGGAAAGAGUUGGAGAAGGAGAACAAGGAGUUCUUCGACAGAUACAACAAGCAGUUGAGAUCAGAAAAGGAAGGCCGAAGCAGCAGCAGCAGCAGCGACAGCAGCUCCUAAUGACCAACAGCAGAUGCGUGCCGCUUGCUCUAGAUGUUGGCCAUUCUGCACUUAGUAGAACGAAUAAUUAGAAGACCGAUGGCGCGGGAGGUCAGCUAACGCGACGCGAUCUAUGUGUGGUGGUGCAUGUACAGCCGUACAGGGUCGGGUUGGCAGGAAUCAAAAGCCAGCUCGUACUGUUGCGAUAUUCUUCAGAUGUACUAAUUGUACUCGUCAUGUGUCCCGUCUUCUC